CCUGUUGUGAUAUUCUUUUUUAUUUCAGGUGAGAUAGUUCAGCAAGUACUAAGAACCUCAGCUAAUUUGCUCUCUUUUGUUUAUGCAUUCCGAAUUUUGCAGGUCUUUCAUUUAUUACAUUUAGCAGACUUUUUUACUGAUCUUCGACUCCUCACAUAUGCAAUUGCAGGUUCAUUCACCUCACUUUUGCAUUUAAGUGUAUUGAUGUGUCUAGUAAUUUUCAUUUAUUCCAUUCUCGGUAUGUCACUUUUUGGACAUAUAAAACACCAUUUUUUUAUUGAUGAUUUUGUAAAUUUUGAGACUUUGAUAAACAGUGCAAUUCUUCUUUUUCGUCUUUCUACUGCUGAGGAUUGGGAUUCGGUUUAUAGAGAGCUGACAGUUGAAUAUCCAUUCUGUGAUCCAGAUAAAAUCCCCAAGGAAUGUGGAAAUAAAGUUAUUACUUCCUUUUAUCUCUUAACCUACAUUUUCUUGACAAAUCAUGUUAUUACAAAUAUAUUUGUUGCUGUCAUUUUGGAUAAUUAUAAAGAAGCUAUUGCUGAAGAAAAAUUUGUAUUUAAAGAGGACAACCUUAUAAGCUUUUACAAAGACUGGAAGCAGUAUGAUCCUACAGCAACACAGUUCAUUCCAUAUGAAAAAUUAUCUGCUUUCCUAGAUGGAUUAAAUACUGAAUUGAGAGUAGCUAAGCCCAAUCAAGUCGCACUUGUAUUCAUGGACUUACCAAUAGCACUUGGCAACAAAGUACAUUGUUUGGAUGUAUUAAAGGGUAUUAUGAAAGUUAAGUUUGAAACUGUUGAAGAUACAGAAGAAUUUCGCAAAGUUAGUGAAAGGAUGCAACUAGAAUAUGAAAAGAUGUUUCCUGAAUUAAAAGGGUCUCGUUUUGUUGAAACAACAAUGAACCUAAAAAGAAUGGAUCGAGCUGCAAGAAUAAUUCAAAAUCGACUCAAAGAAUAUAAGGAAAUAAAGGAGCUGAAGCAAAUGUAUUCAAACAUUUACAAUUCAUAAAGUCUCAACAAAAAUACUUCAUGUUUAUGGUAAGAUUUCUGCUUUCAGUAUUUGAUUAAAACUUCAUUUGUCAUUACAUUUAUUUCUAAGAGAUUAUUAAAUGUGUUUCAACAAAAUUAACUAUAUGUAAACAAUUU